AUGGCUGAAAAGGAUGACAAGAAUUUGAAAGCCCUAAAAGAGGUGUGGAGGAGAGCUGAGAAUGCCUUGUGCGCAGACUGUGGGAAGCCAGAUCCUGACUGGGCAUCUCAUACUUUGGGUGUCUUUAUCUGCCUGAGCUGCUCAGGUAUCCACCGCAAUAUCCCUAACAUUAGCAAAGUUAAAUCCUUGAGGAUGGACCACUGGGACGAGGCCCAGGUGCAGUUCCUGGAGCAGCAUGGGAACGCGGUGGCUAAAGCCACGUACGAGGCUCACAUCCCCAUUUACUAUUACCAGCCAACCCACGCCGACUGCCAAGUCCUGAGGGAGCAGUGGAUACGGGCCAAGUAUGAGCGCAAGGAAUUCACCGAGCCAGGGAAACAGCUGCCGUAUUCCAACGGGCUGAAGGAAGGGAUCCUAUGGAAACGGGGCCGGGAUAACGGGCAGUUCUUACCCCGCAAGUUUCUCUUGUCUGAGCGAGAUGGGUGUCUCAAGUAUUUUGCCAAACCGGACGCAAAAGAGCCCAAAAUAAAUAUUAAAAUUGACACCAUCAAUGCCACAUUCCAGCCAGUAAAGAUCAGGAACCCCAAUGGCCUGCAGAUCAGCUACCUCAAGGAUAACAAGACCCGCAAUAUCUUCCUCUACCAUGAGGAUGGAAAGGAGAUAGUGGACUGGUUCAAUGCGAUACGCGCAGUGCAGGUUCAUUACCUGAAGGUGGCAUUUCCCAUGGCCAGUGACAAUGAGAUCAAAAGCCGACUAAUGCAGAAAUUCCUGAAGGAGGGGUACAUGGAGAAGACUGGUCCCAGGCAGAGAGAGGCCUUCAAGAAGCGCUGGUUCACACUGGAUCACCGCAGACUCAUGUACUUCAAGGAUCCAUUGGAUGCAUUUGCUAAAGGCGAGGUGUUCGUGGGCAGUAGGGAGCAUGGAUACAGCGUCAAGCAAGGGCUGCCAGCGGGGGCUCAGGGCAGCUUCUCCUGGCAGUACGGCCUCACCAUCGUUACCCCCGACCGGGAGUAUCUCUUCACCUGCGAGACAGAGAGUGACCAGCAGGACUGGAUCGCGGCCUUCAGUCGGGUCAUUGAACAGCCCAUGACCCCCCAGGAGUAUGCAAGGGGGCAAAUUAGGCUGUACCCCUUUAAAUGGAAGACAUUUCAAGACUGA